AUGACAGCACAACUACAAGCGGUGUUUAAUCAACGAAGUUAUAAGACUGCAGUGGCAUAUUCCAUCAAUAAUGAUUUACAAGUAAGUAAUGGAAAGAAAUUCAUAGAAAUAGCUGGUGUUCAAAAUGGAGACAAAAUCUUAGAUAUGGGAUGCGGAACGGGAGAGCUCACUUCAUUUCUUGCAGAAAUUGUUGGUAGAGAUGGUCAAGUGGUCGGCGUAGAUCCAGACAUCGGGCGUAUUGAAUAUGCAAAGCAAAAGCAUUUGAGCUUGCACGAAAACCUGGUAUUUGAGAAUGGCGAUAGUUCUACUGAGUUUCAUCAACGAAGCAAAUCCUACUACGAUGUUCAUUUUAGCAGUUUUGUUUUCCAAUGGCUUUCUCCAGAAAGGAAGGAGGAGUAUGCGAGAGUUGCCUUCGAGAGUUUAAAACAUGGAGGAAUAAUUGCACUACAGAGUCAUGAGGUAGAUCCACAAUUAAUUACAAAGGCAAACGAAAUGAUUUUUUGCACUCCUAAUCUCGUACUUAAAAAGAAACACAAAGAAAAUGAAAAGGCAGUUCCAUUCUUUAUCAAAAAGUUUGAGGUAGAAGGUCUUCUCAAGAAAUGUGGUUUUGAAAUUCUUUCAAGUGACUAUCACACAGUCAAUUACCAGCACAAGUCGAUCUUGGAUUUUCUCAACUACCUUGUUGCCUCAGACUAUCAUGAUGGCAAAGUAAUUUCACCGAUUGGGCUGGAAAGUUUCAGCGAAAUAUUUGUAAAUAACGACGGAAGUGUGGACUAUGUCGAUCCCACAGCUUACCAGAUUUUAGCACAAAAGAUUUGA